UCUCCUUGACCUGGGGGUAGAUGAGGUUAUUGGAAAAAGUACAAAGCCGUCCUCACUCACCUCAAGUCAUUAUGUCGGACUACGAGUUGGCAAUCCACCGAGAGACCACCCACAGAUUUCUCCGACUCUUUCGUCACCCCUCGGAAGCACCAGAAUUUUUUAGAGCCGUUUCCGCCGGCACAAGAGAUUACUACGCCGCCCGCGACGCUGUGGACCUGGAGCGUGCCCAGAUUAUUCGCCUGCUGUCAUACUCGCGCAGACUAGCCCUUACAAUGGCUGGAAGCACGCUCAUCUUCAGCCUGCUCUUCUUAGCGGCCAUGAUUACCCGCACCCGGGCCGACCCGUAGACGCCCGAAGACUUCAACUGGGCCGCACUCUCAGCACUUACGCCGUCACAGGAACAGUGGCAGGGCCUUAACGAUAACCUUUACCG